AUGGUCCACAAGCGUGCCUGGUCCAGGAGCUUGCCUGGUCCAGGAGCUUGCGUGGUCAAGGAGCUUGCCUCGUCCAGGAGCUUGCCUGGUCUAGGAGCUUGCCUGGUCCACGAGCCUGCCUGGAGCUUGCGUGGACGUGGGCGUGGACGUGGACGUGGACGUGGACAUGGACGUGGACAUGGACGUGGACGUGGACGUGGACGUGGACGUGGAGGACGUGGACGUGGACGAGGAUGUGGACGUGGACGUGGACGUGGAGGACGUGGACGUGGACAUGGACGUGGACUUGGACGUGGACAUGGACGUGGACGUGGAAAUGGACGUGGACGUGGACAUGGACGUGGACGUGGACAUGGACGUGGACGUGGACGUGGACGUGGACAUGGCCUGGACGUGGACGUGGACGUGGACAUGGACGUGGACGUGGACGUGGACGUGGACGUGGACGUGGACGUGGACGUGGACGUGGACGUGGACAUGGACGUGGACGUGGACGUGGACGUGGACGUGGACAUGGACGUGGACAUGGACGUGGACAUGGACGUGGACGUGGAGGUGGACGUGGGCGUGGACGUGGACAUGGACGUGGGCGUUGACGUGGACGUCGACGUGGACGUGGACGUGGACAUGGACGUGGACGUGGACGUGGACGUGGUCGUGGACAUGGACGUGGGCGUUGACGUGGACAUGGUCGUGGACGUGGACGUGGACGUGGACAUGGUCGUGGACAUGGACGUGGACAUGGACGUGGACGUGGACGUGGACGUGGAGGUGGACAUGGACGUUGACAUGGACGUGGACGUGGACGUGGACAUGGACGUGGACAUGGACGUGGACAUGGACAUGGACGUGGACGUGGAGGUGGACGUGGACGUGGACGUGGACGUGGACAUGGUCGUGGACGUGGACGUGGACGUGGACGUGGACAUGGACGUGGACGUGGACGUGGACGUGGACAUGGACGUGGACAUGGACGUGGACAUGGACGUGGACGUGGACGUGGAGGUGGACAUGGACGUGGACAUGGACGUGGACGUGGACGUGGACAUGGACGUGGACAUGGUUGUGGACAUGGACAUGGACGUGGACGUGGACGUGGACAUGGUCGUGGACGUGGACGUGGACGUGGACAUGGACGUGGACAUGGACGUGGACAUGGACGUGGAUGUGGACGUGCACGUGGACGUGGACGUGAACGUGGACAUGGACAUGGACGUGGACGUGGACGUGGACGUGGACGUGGACAGGGACGUGGACAUGGACGUGGACGUGGACGUGGACGUGGACAUGGACGUGGGCGUUGACGUGGACGUGGACGUGGUCGUGGAGGUGGACAUGGACGUGGACGUGGACGUGGACGUGGAGGUGGACAUGGACGUGGACGAGGACGUGGAGGUGGACAUGGACGUGGACGUGGACAUGGACUUGGACAUGGACGUGGACGUGGACUUGGACGUGGACGUGGACUUGGACAUGGACGUGGACGUGGACUUGGAGGUGGACAUGGAGGUGGACGUGGAGGUGGACAUGGACGUGGACGUGGAGGUGGACGUGGACGUGGACUUGGACAUGGACGUGGACGUGGACUUGGACGUGGACAUGGAGGUGGACGUGGAGGUGGACAUGGACGUGGACGUGGACGUGGACAUGGACAUGGAUGUGGACAUGGACGUGGACAUGGACGUGGACGUGGACAUGGACGUGGACGUGGACGUGGACGUAGACGUGGACGUGGACGUGGACGUGGACGUGGACGAUGACGUGGACGUGGACGUGGAGGUGGACGUGGACGUGGACGUGGACGUGGACAUGGACGUGGACGUGGACAUGGGCGUGGACAUGGACGUGGACGUGGACGUGGACGUGGACGUGGACGUGGACGUGGACGUGGUCGUGGACGUGGACGUGGACGUGGACGUGGACGUGGAGGACGUGGACGUGGACGUGGACGUGGACAUGGACGUGGACGUGGACAUGGACGUGGACAUGGACGUGGACGUGGACGUGGACGUGGACGUGGACGUGGACGUGGACAUGGACGUGGACGUGGAGGACGUGGACGUGGACGUGGACGUGGACGUGGAGGACGUGGACGUGGACGAGGACGUGGACAUGGACGUGGACGUGGACGUAGAGGACGUGGACGUGGACAUGGACGUGGACUUGGACGUGGACAUGGACGUGGACGUGGAAAUGGACGUGGACGUGGACAUGGACGUGGACGUGGACGUGGACGUGGACGUGGACGUGGACGUGGACGUGGACCUGGACGUGGACGUGGACGUGGAGGUGGACAUGGACGUGGACGUGGACGUGGACGUGGACGUGGACGUGAACGUGGACGUGGACGUGGACGUGGACGUGGACAUGGACAUGGACGUGGACGUGGACGUGAACGUGGACGUGGUCAUGGACGUCGACGUCGACGUGGACGUGGACGUGGACGUGGACGUGGUCAUGGACGUGGACGUGGACGUGGACGUGGACGUGGAGGUGGACAUGGUCGUGGACGUGGACGUGGACGUGGACGUGGACGUGGUCAUGGACGUGGACGUGGACGUGGAUGUGGACGUGGACAUGGACGUGGACGUGGACAUGAACAUGGACGUGGACGUGGACGUGGACGUGAACGUGGACGUGGACGUGGACGUGGACGUGGACGUGGACAUGGACAUGGACGUGGACGUGGACGUGGACGUGAAGGUGGACGUGGUCAUGGACGUCGACGUGGACGUGGACGUGGACGUGGACAUGGACGUGGACGUGGACGUGGUCAUGGACGUGGACAUGGACGUGGACGUGGACGUGGACGUGGAGGUGGACAUGGUCGUGGACGUGGACGUGGACGUGGACGUGGACAUGGACGUGGACGUGGACGUGGACGUGGACGUGGACGUGGACAUGGACAUGGACGUGGACGUGGACGUGGACGUGGUCAUGGACGUGGACGUGGACGUGGUCAUGGACGUGGACGUGGACUUGGACGUGGACGUGGACAUGGACAUGGACAUGGACGUGGACGUGGACAUGGACGUGGACAUGGACGUGGACGUGGACGUGGACGUGGACAUGGACGUGGACGUGGACAUGGACAUGGACGUGGAAGUGGACGUGGACGUGAACGUGGACGUGGACGUGGACAUGGACGUGGACGUGGACGUGGACAUGGACAUGGACGUGGACGUGGACGUGGACGUGAACGUGGACGUGGUCAUGGACGUGGACGUGGACGUGGACGUGGACGUGGACAUGGACGUGGACGUGGACGUGGUCAUGGACGUGGACGUGGACGUGGACGUGGACGUGGACGUGGAGGUGGACAUGGUCGUGGACGUAGAAGUGGACGUGGACGUGGACGUGGACGUGGACGUGGACGUGGACGUGGUCAUGGACGUGGACGUGGAUGUGGACGUGGUCAUGGACGUGGACGUGGACGUGGACGUGGACAUGGACGUGGACGUGGACGUGGACGUGGACGUGGACGUGGUCAUGGACGUGGACGUGGACGUGGUCAUGGACGUGGACGUGGACUUGGACGUGGACGUGGACAUGGACAUGGACAUGGACGUGGACGUGGACGUGGACAUGGACGUGGACAUGGACGUGGACGUGGACGUGGACGUGGACGUGGACAUGGACGUGGACGUGGACAUGGACAUGGACGUGGACGUGGACGUGGACGUGAACCUAGACGUGGACGUGGACAUGGACAUGGACGUGGACGUGGACGUGGACAUGGACAUGGACGUGGACGUGGACGUGGACGUGAACGUGGACGUGGUCAUGGACGUCGACGUGGACGUGGACGUGGACAUGGACGUGGACGUGGACGUGGUCAUGGACGUGGACGUGGACGUGGACGUGGACGUGGACGUGGAGGUGGACAUGGUCGUGGACGUAGACGUGGACGUGGACGUGGACGUGGACGUGGACGUGGUCAUGGACGUGGACGUGGACGUGGAUGUGGACGUGGUCAUCGACGUGGACGUGGACGUGGACGUGGACGUGGACGUGGACAUGGACGUGGACAUGGACGUGGACGUGGACGUGGACAUGGACUUGGAUGUGGACGUGGAUGGGGACGUGGACGUGGAGGACGUGGACGUGGACGUGGACGUGGACGUGGAGGACUUGGACGUGGACAUGGACGUGGACGUGGACGUGGACAUGGACGUGGACGUCGACAUGGACGUGGACAUGGACGUGGACGUGGACGUGGACUUGGACGUGGACUUGGACAUGGACCUGGACGUGGAUGUGGACGUGGACGUGGACGUGGACAUGGACGUGGACGUGGACGUGGACGUGGACAUGGACAUGGACGUGGACGUGGACAUGGACGUGGAGGCGGACGUGGACGUGGAGGUGGACAUGGAUGUGGACAUGGACGUGGACAUGGACGUGGACGUGGACAUGGACGUGGACGUGGACAUGGACAUGGACGUGGACAUGGACGUGGACGUGGACAUGGACGUGGACAUGGACAUGGACGUGGACCAGAUGGACGUGGACAUGGACGUGGACAUGGACGUGGACAUAGACAUGGACGUGGACGUGGACUUGGACGUGGACAUGGACGUGGACGUGGACGUGGAGGUGGACAUGGACGUGGACAUGGACGUGGACGUGGACGUGGACAUGGACGUGGACAUGGACGUGGACAUGGACAUGGACGUGGACGUGGACGUGGACGUGAACGUGGACAUGGUCGUGGAAGUGGACGUGGACGUAGACAUGGACGUGGACGUGGACGUGGACAUGGACGUGGACAUGGACGUGGACGUGGACGUGGACAUGGACGUGGACAUGGACGUGGACAUGGACAUGGACGUGGACGUGGACGUGGACGUGGACGUGGACAUGGUCGUGGACGUGGACGUGGACGUGGACAUGGACGUGGACAUGGACGUGGACAUGGACGUGGACGUGGACGUGGACGUUGACGUGGACGUGGACGUGGACGUGGACAUGGACGUGGACGUGGACGUGGACGUGGACGUGGACAUGGACAUGGACAUGGACAUGGACAUGGACGUGGACGUGGACGUGGACGUGAACCUAGACGUGGACGUGGACAUGGACAUGGACGUGGACGUGGACGUGGACAUGGACAUGGACGUGGACGUGGACGUGGACGUGAACGUGGACGUGGUCAUGGACGUCGACGUGGACGUGGACGUGGACGUGGACAUGGACGUGGACGUGGACGUGGUCAUGGACGUGGGCCAGGACGUGGACGUGGACGUGGACGUGGACGUGGAGGUGGACAUGGUCGUGGACGUAGACGUGGACGUGGACGUGGACGAGGACGUGGACGUGGACGUGGUCAUGGACGUGGACGUGGACGUGGAUGUGGACGUGGACGUGGACGUGGACGUGGACGUGGACGUGGACAUGGACGUGGACAUGGACGUGGACGUGGACGUGGACAUGGACUUGGAUGUGGACGUGGAUGGGGACGUGGACGUGGAGGACGUGGACGUGGACGUGGACGUGGACGUGGAGGACUUGGACGUGGACAUGGACGUGGACGUGGACGUGGACGUGGACAUGGACGUGGACGUCGACAUGGACGUGGACAUGGACGUGGACGUGGACGUGGACGUGGACGUGGACUUGGACGUGGACUUGGACAUGGACCUGGACGUGGAUGUGGACGUGGACGUGGACGUGGACAUGGACGUGGACGUGGACGUGGACGUGGACAUGGACAUGGACGUGGACGUGGACAUGGACGUGGAGGCGGACGUGGACGUGGAGGUGGACAUGGAUGUGGACAUGGACGUGGACAUGGACGUGGACGUGGACAUGGACGUGGACGUGGACAUGGACAUGGACGUGGACAUGGACGUGGACGUGGACAUGGACGUGGACAUGGACAUGGACGUGGACCAGAUGGACGUGGACAUGGACGUGGACAUGGACGUGGACAUAGACAUGGACGUGGACGUGGACUUGGACGUGGACAUGGACGUGGACGUGGACGUGGAGGUGGACAUGGACGUGGACGUGGACAUGGACGUGGACGUGGACGUGGACAUGGACGUGGACAUGGACGUGGACAUGGACAUGGACGUGGACGUGGACGUGGACGUGAACGUGGACAUGGUCGUGGACGUGGACGUGGACGUAGACAUGGACGUGGACGUGGACGUGGACAUGGACGUGGACAUGGACGUGGACGUGGACGUGGACAUGGACGUGGACAUGGACGUGGACAUGGACAUGGACGUGGACGUGGACGUGGACGUGGACGUGGACAUGGUCGUGGACGUGGACGUGGACAUGGACGUGGACAUGGACGUGGACAUGGACGUGGACGUGGACGUGGACGUUGACGUGGACGUGGACGUGGACGUGGACAUGGACGUGGACGUGGACGUGGACGUGGACAUGGACGUGGACAUGGACGUGGACGUGGACGUGGACGUGGACGUGGACAUGGACGUGGGCGUUGACGUGGACGUGGACGUGGACGUGGACGUGGACUUGGACGUGAACGUGGACGUGGACGUGGACGUGGACUUGGACGUGGACGUGGACGUGGACAUGGACGUGGACGUGGACGUGGACGUUGACGUGGACGUGGACGUGGACGUGGACGUGGUCGUGGACGUGGACGUGGACGUGGAUGGGACGUGGUCGUGA